AUGGCAGCACCACGAGAUGCCGCCCUUCUCGCCGCGCUGGAGCAGCUGGAGGAAGUGCGCGAGCGCCUUCACGACACGCUUCGCGAGGCCGCCUUCGGCUUCACGAGUGCGCAGCGGGAGGAGGAGUCAACGCGGGGCUGCUUCGUAUCCUUUGAUGCGGUGCCCACAGCGCAAGGCACUCUCGAGGCCCUUGUGUCUCUCACACGGAAGCCUGUCACUACCUCGCCAAGUGGCUCUGAGGAGACUCGCCGUGGUGAAAACAAUGAGGCCGCCCGAGUGGACAGCUGCAGUUAUGCGUGGGAGAUGGUGCUGAUAAACGGUAAACGAAGAAGGAGGCAACAAGUGCGAGCAGCUGAGCCACAGCAAGGAUCUCCGUCAUCCAACUCUGCAGAAGAAGAGGCCGAUAUUUCUCCUCCAGACCCGAUCUACUACUUCAGUGAGUGCCCCUCUAGUGCCCUGCGAGAGUGCCAGGAGGCAUACAGACGCGUGUUGCGCUGCGCCGUCGAGACUGUGAAUGCACAGCAACGUGCGCUGGCGGCAGCGGUGGCAAUGACGGCAGCAAGUGCGCAAGAAUCAUAG